GUUUUGUUGUGAAGCUGAACGUCGAUUGGGUUCUCAAAAAGGAAUAGAUGAAUUAAAAUUAAUUCCGUUCUUUCGAGGAGUUGAUUGGGAGCAUAUUAGAGAACGACCUGCUGCUAUACCAGUAGAAGUACGAUCAAUCGAUGAUACGUCUAAUUUCGAUGAUUUCCCCGAUGUUAAAUUAGAAAUUCCUUCAGCCCCAAUGACACAAGAAGGUGAUGUAACGUACAAAGACUGGGUCUUCAUUAAUUAUACAUUUAAAAGGUUUGAAGGGUUAACUCAAAGGGGAACACCGACAAAAAAAUAAUGCAAAUUGAAAGUAUUUGUCAAGAAAAAAGGUGAAGAAAAAAGGAUAGAAAGGAAGAACGUGUUGUGUAGCUGAUUGUUUUAUUUGUUUAUUUGCCCGCUAUUUUUUUUUUGGAGAAAGAAAGUGUUCUAAUAGAUAAUUUAGGGCUUGUAUAAUAGGUCUGAAAAGAUAAUUUACGUUUUUUCCUCUUUAGAAAUUAUUAUUACGAAUUAUUAUAAAUAUUGAUUUUUUUAAUUGUAAAUUUUUGAGGAGCUGUGAGAAGUGAAGCAGUUAAAAAAGUGUUUGACUCUCUUAGUAAAAAAAUAAUAACGGUCGUAUUUUAAUUAGG